AUGGAUACCUUAGUGAGGAGAGGAAUGGGGGUCGACCAAGGAUGCCCGAGGUGUGGAGAGGCUCCAGAAACAACUGUCCAUAUGGCUCUACUAUGUGAGGGAAGUAAGCUCCUGUGGAAGCUUAGCCCUACUCGAAUGAAGGUACAAGAGUGGGAGGGGAGCUUCAAGGAGUGGUGCGAAGAGUACAUCAAGCACUGUAAAAGGGAGAGGGCAUGGGAAAUAACUAUGAUGAUCAUUUGGCAAGUGUGGAAUGUUCGUAACAAAUGGGUGUUUGGUAGGAAAUUGGAUGACCCUGCACUAGCCUGCAAGCGUAGUAUGUUGCUACUGGGAGAGCACGAGGCAGCAAAGAUUAGGGAAGUAGACUCACUAGCUGUGGGUGAUCAGCCCAACCCAUCUUGGAAACCUCCAACAAGAGCCAUGUACAAGCUUAAUACGGACGCGGCAAUGCCAACAAACGGAGGUGUGGGCCUUGGUAUGGUUGUUCGUGAUGGAGUAGGGGAUAUAAUGAUGUGUGCUGGAUAG